AUGAUUCGGUUACCAAAGCUGUAUCAAAGACUGCUGCUGUACUUUGCAAUUUUUGGCGUAAUUGCCUUCUUUUAUUAUGAUCAUUUACGGGCAUCAAAAAUUCAACAGCGUUUUAUUGGGAAGGAUUAUGUGACUCCAUCUGCACCAAGUGCCGAACAGUGGCUCCGGAAUAAUGACCUUGAGGAUUUCUCAUAUAGUGAUAAGCUAGUUAUAAAUAUUGGCUAUGAUGAAUGUUUUCAUAUAGGCCGCUUCUAUGAAAGAUGCUUCAAUCGGUUUGAAUUGAAAUCACGCCUAGCCAGUGAGAACUCACAUGUUGUAAGGAAAAGAAUUCAUAAAGACUUAAGGAACUCAUUUGGACGUAGGUGGUUUGGAAAAUCGGAGUAUGUUUACUACGAUGUCUUACACCUUGCUUCGCUGCAAUACUUUGGACCCAACCUAGAAAGGCUAAAUGUUGAAGCCAUCACCGAGAUCUCCAAAGUUCCUAAGGGUGACUCUUUGCAGUUCAAGGAUGUAUUUGUCAUGUUCAAACCCGUUGGCAUAGAAUUGUUGCAAAACAGAAGUUUCAUAAGCGAAAUUAAUGUCCUCUUUGGUGCUGAUUGUGUGAACCCGAUAGUAAACUGGACUCUACAAAAAAAUUUUCCCUUAACGGAAUAUGCUUACAGUGAACCUGCAUAUUUGACUUACAAGUUUGUUGGUUCUCACCCCGUAAACACAGAACCCCAGAGACUACAAGAAACCAACGAAGGAAAGUUUAAGAUUGUUCAGUUAGCUGAUCUUCACUUGGGGGUGGGGGAGUCUGAAUGCGUCGAUGAAUUUCCAAAACAUGAGGUUUGCAAAGCUGACCCAAAGACAAAAACCUUCAUUCAACAGGUUCUUGACAUUGAAAAACCACAGAUGGUCGUUUUUACUGGUGACCAAAUCAUGGGUGACAGAUCCAUUCAAGAUUCCGAAACGGUAUUACUGAAAGCAGUCGCCCCUGUCAUUGCAAGAAAAAUUCCAUGGGCAAUGGUAUGGGGAAAUCAUGACGACGAAGGAAGCUUAACCCGCUGGCAGUUGUCUCAAUUAGCAUCCGCACUGCCAUAUUCGCUUUUUAAAUCUAAUAUUCAUGAUACGCAGGAUAACACAUUUGGUGUCGGUAAUUAUGUCCAUCAGGUUUUUUCAAAAGAUGACACUGAAGCCCCAGUAAGUACGCUUUAUUUUCUGGAUUCCCAUAAAUACUCCACAGCUGGUAAGAUUUAUCCUGGAUACGACUGGAUCAAAGAAUCUCAAUGGAAAUAUAUUGAAGAAUAUCACGAUAAAGUUUUGAAAUCUAAAACUAAACUUUCGAUGGCAUUUUUUCACAUUCCACUGCCAGAAUAUUUGAAUACUGCAUCAAAAACACAUGCUGGAGAGAAGAAUCCCCUGAUUGGAACUUAUAAAGAGGGUGUCACAGCACCUAAAUACAACUCUGAAGGAAUAGCCACGCUGGACAGGCUGGGUGUUGAUGUUAUCAGCUGUGGACAUGAUCAUUGUAACGAUUAUUGUCUUCGAGAUGACUCUACACCAAACCGACCUUGGUUAUGCUAUGGUGGUGGAGGUGGAGAAGGCGGUUAUGCUGGUUAUGGAGGUACAGAAAGGCGUAUUCGUAUUUAUGAAAUUGAUAUAAGUGAGGACAAUAUACAUACAUGGAAAAGACUAAAUGGUAGUCCGGAAAACCUUUUUGAUUACCAGUCUAUGUUGGACAGUAAUUCUCCAGAAAUUGCUUAA